AUGUUGAGCUGGGUCCAGAAAGCGCUGCCUCAGCCUCCAGUGACCCCUCAGAAGACCAACAUGGAGGAAGAGGAGGGGGCGGAGCCGGAGCCGGAGCCGGAGCCGGAGCCGGAGCCGGAGCCGGAGCCGGAGCCGGAGCCGGAGCCGGAGCCGGAGCCGGAGCCGGAGCCGGAGCCGGAGCCGGAGCCGGAGCAGCAGGCAGGGCCAGAGCCGGAGCCGGAGCCAGAACUGGAACCAGAGACAGAGCUGGAGCCCGAUACGGCCCCUGAGGAGACUGAACUACAGGAUGAGCCCUUGCCACCCGAGGAGCCAUUCAAGGAGGAGGAAGUGGCCACAGCCGGCCCAAGCCCUGAGGAGACCCAGGAGGCCGCCCUUAACCUGCCCACUUCCCUCCAAGCCCAGGUCGCUGUGGUUCCAGAAGCAAGUAUCUCUGUCCACUGCAGUCCCCGCAGCUGGGUGCUGACCUGGCUCAGGAAAGGGAUGGAGAAAGUCGUCCCGCAGCCCGUCUACAGUGGCGGGGCAGCCCAGAAUGCCACUGCUAGCUUGAAGGACCCUGCUCAGGCUGGAGCACAGAUGCUUGGGCACUGCAGCACUGGGGGCCCAGAUGAACCCAGUGAGGCCCCCAGGGCCCAAGACACAGGGCCUGGGUCCUGGCUGCUUAGGUGGUUCGAGCAGAAUCUGGAGAAAGUGCUGCCUCAGCCCCCAAAAACCUCCGAGAGCUGGAGAGACGAGCCUGCAGAUGCUGCCUUGGAUCUAGAGCCUCCAGGAGCCCCCUUGGAAACAGAGCCUGUGCUGCAGGCCCCGGAGAGCCCCUCCCCUCCCACCCCCAGCCCCCAGGAACCGCAGGAGGAGCCGACUCCAGAGCCUCUGCCCAGCUUCCAGGCCUCCUCCCUGCCGCCACCCGGGGACCCUGCCAGGUUGGUGGCGUGGCUCCUGCACAGGCUGGAAAAGGCCCUGCCGCAGCCGGUGAUCCAUGGGAAGGCCAGGGAACAGGAGCCUGACUCCCCUGUGACAUGUGACGUGCAGACCAUCAGCAUCCUCCCUGGAAGGCAAGCAGAGCCCGAGCUCAUCCUUGAGGAGGUGGACCCUCACUGGGAGGAGGCAGAGCAGGAGGAAGGCAGCGCCAGCCCAGAGGGCGCAGAGGAGGCUCUGGUUUACCAAGAGGAGCUCAGGGCCGUGGAGGAGAUGCCCAGGGAGCUGCCCCAAAUUAAAGAGGAGGAUGAAGAUGAGGAGGAAGAUGGAGAGGACGAGGAGGAGGACGAAGAGGAAGAGCUUGAUGUCCUGCUGGAUAGCUGUCUGGUGGUGGAGGCAGGCACGGACCAGAGUGGAGUAGGCGGGACUCAGCACCAGAGGGCCUCACACCAGGAGCUGCAGGAGGAGGAGGUGGCCACCAGCUCAGGAGUGCCUGCCACGGAAGAGCACCCAGAGGUGCAGGUGGAAGAUACUGAUGCGGACAAACUCCCACUCAUCGUGGAGGAAAAGUCACCCUCGCCCGUCUUGCUGCCACCUUCUCCUGCCAAAUCUGACACCCUCACGGUCCCAGGCUCAGCAGCAGGGACCCACAGGAAGAAGCUGCCCUCCCAAGAUGAUGAGGCCGAAGAGCUCAAGAUGCUGUCUCCAGCAGAGUCCCCUGUGGUUGCCUGGGCAGACUCCUCCACCCCACAGGGGAUGGAUGACCAGGACCGAGCUGCCUCCUCGGCCAGCCAGAACAGUGCCAUUAUCAACGACCGGCUCCAGGAGCUGGUGAAGCUGUUCAAGGAGCGGACGGAGAAAGUCAAGGAGAAGCUCAUCGAUCCUGAUGUCACCUCUGAUGAGGAGAGCCCUAAGCCCUCCCCGGCCAAGAAAGCCCCCGAGCCAGCCCCAGACGUGAAGCCUGCAGACACGGGGCAGGCAGAGGAGGAGCACUACUGUGAAAUGCUCUGCUGCAAGUUCAAACGCCGCCCCUGGAAGAUGUACCAGUUUCCCCAGAGCAUCGACCCGCUGACCAACCUGAUGUACAUCCUGUGGCUGUUCUUCGUGGUGAUGGCCUGGAACUGGAACUGCUGGCUGAUUCCCGUGCGCUGGGCCUUCCCCUACCAGAGGCCGGACAACAUGCACCUCUGGCUGCUGAUGGAUUACCUGUGUGACCUCAUCUACCUCCUGGAUAUCACCGUGUUCCAGCUGCGCCUGCAGUUUGUCAAAGGCGGGGACAUCAUUACAGACAAAAAGGAGAUGAGGGAUAACUACCUGAAGUCUCGCCGCUUCAAGAUGGACCUGCUCUGCCUUCUCCCCCUGGACUUCCUCUACUUGAAAUUCGGUGUGAACCCCCUCUUUCGCUUGCCCCGAUGUUUAAAGUACAUGGCCUUCUUCGAGUUUAACAACCGCCUGGAAGCCAUCCUCAGCAAAGCCUACGUUUACAGGGUUAUCAGGACCACAGCAUACCUGCUCUACAGUUUACACUUGAAUUCAUGUCUGUAUUACUGGGCAUCAGCCUACGAGGGCCUCGGCUCCACUCACUGGGUUUACGAUGGCGUGGGAAACAGUUACAUUCGCUGUUACUAUUGGGCUGUAAAGACCCUCAUCACCAUCGGAGGACUGCCCGACCCCCAGACACUCUUUGAAAUUGUCUUCCAGCUGCUGAACUACUUCACGGGUGUCUUUGCUUUCUCCGUGAUGAUCGGACAGAUGAGAGACGUGGUGGGGGCUGCCACCGCGGGACAGACCUACUACCGCAGCUGCAUGGACAGCACCGUCAAGUACAUGAACUUCUACAAGAUCCCCAGGUCCGUGCAGAACCGUGUCAAGACCUGGUACGAGUACACCUGGCACUCCCAAGGCAUGCUGGACGAGUCAGAGCUGAUGGUACAGCUUCCAGACAAGAUGCGGCUAGACCUCGCCAUUGAUGUGAACUACGACAUUGUCAGCAAAGUGGCCCUCUUCCAGGGCUGUGACCGGCAGAUGAUCUUUGACAUGCUGAAGAGGCUUCGCUCUGUUGUUUAUCUGCCCAAUGACUACGUGUGUAAGAAGGGGGAGAUUGGCCGUGAGAUGUACAUCAUCCAGGCGGGUCAGGUGCAGGUCUUGGGUGGCCCGGAUGGGAAGUCCGUGCUGGUGGUGCUGAAGGCUGGAUCCGUGUUUGGAGAAAUAAGCUUGCUGGCUGUUGGGGGCGGGAAUCGGCGCACGGCCAACGUGGUGGCCCACGGGUUUACCAACCUCUUCAUCCUGGAUAAGAAGGACUUGAAUGAAAUUUUGGUGCAUUAUCCCGAGUCUCAGAAGUUACUCCGGAAGAAGGCCAGGCGCAUGUUGAGAAACAACAACAAGCCCAAGGAGCAGAAGAGCGUGCUCAUCCUUCCUCUCCGGGCGGGCACCCCCAAGCUCUUCAACGCUGCCCUAGCUGCAGCAGGAAAGCUGGGCGCCAAGGGGGCAAAAGGCGGCAAGCUCGCCCACCUCAGGGCUCGGCUCAAAGAACUGGCUGCGCUAGAGGCCGCUGCAAGACAGCAGCAGUUGCUGGAGCAGGGCAAGAGCGCUGAGGACGCCGCCGGAGAGGCGGGCUUGGCAGGCGCAGAGCCCCCCGCGGCCCUGGCGGAGGCCGCCCCGGACCAGCCCGCGCCCCCCGCGCCCCCGCCGCUGGAUCCGCCGGCCCCAAGCCCUCCGCCACCCGCCUCCGCAGGGAAGCCCGACGGAGGCGCGGAGGGGGCGGCCGAGCCCGAGGAGCCCGCGGUGCGGAUCCGCAUAAGCCCCGGCCCGGAGCCCGGCGAGCAGCUCCUGUCGGUGGAGAUCCCCGAGCAGAAGGAGGAGGAGUGA